AUGUUUUGUAUAGUUAGCAAUGAGGUUCCAGAACACCCAUGUGUCUCACCAUCAUCUAACUGUGUGUUUGAGAGACGGCUGAUUGAAAAAUAUAUCGCUGAAAAUGGAACUGAUCCCAUCAGUGGGGAACCUAUUUCAGAGGAGCAGCUCAUUGAUAUUAAAGGUACGAUAAUUAUAGACUGAUGCGUUCCUUUUAAACAAAAUUGCUUAAUUAACACCUAAAAACAGAUAGAUUGGGUAAUAGCUAUCAUUCAGCCCUUUUAAGACUUCACUUGUUAUUCCCUUGUUGAAUGCAUCUUUUUACGUCCUUAGAUACAAUCAUUCUUUUUUUUUUUUUUGCACAUUUGUAUAUCAUAGACAACAUUCCUUGAGAGUCCUGUUAAUCUGAAGAGAUUAAACUUCACACAGUCUCGGUAUGCUAAACAAAGAAGAGGCUAGGUUUGACUUUACAAGACUGGUCUAAAUUGUAUUUGUAUCUGUUGUGGUUCAGUUUUCUAUUUUCUACGGUUCUUGGGUUUGACAUUGUAUAAAAAUGAACAUGUUAAAAAGGGAAAAUGAAAGAAAUAAAGUCAUUCAACAAUCAAGUCAUUUUCUACUUCUACUGGAGAUCAUUUCCUUUAUUCCCCUGACCUUACAAGUAAUAAGUAGAACUAUUAUUAUAUUGUGAUCACUUUAAUAUGUUUAAGGGUAAAGUUUAAAUCCUUUUUUCCCCUUUCAGUAAACCCUCUUGUAAAACCGAGGCCUCCUUCAGCCACCAGUAUUCCAGCAAUCUUGAAAGCUCUUCAGGAUGAGUGGGUAAGUACCGAUGUUUGCAGAUGUGGUUACUGUUAAGCCAGGCAAUCAGCCUGUUUCGUGCACUGCUAUAAUAUAUAUUGUUUGAUGGUAUUAUUGUUGGUUACAAUAAAGACCAUAUUUAACUAUAAGGUAAGUGAUGAUGCAAAGUUCUUUAACUGUAGCUGAUCUCUAACCUUGCUGUCAUUCAAAUUGUGAUAAGUUGGACAUGAUCAUUUUUUCACCGACAGUGUUUGAAAUGGUGAUAACAUAUGUUUGGAUUUUAUCAUGAAACUGUUAAGUAAUUUUAGUUAUUACAUAAAAACAGUUAAAGGAACAAAAGAAUAAAGAAAAUCUCCAACUUGUUCUUGAAGUGGUUCCAUAUUUUCCCAUCAUGUAGCUUGUCUGAAGUCUAGUUUGAGGGCUAUUGUACCUGAUUGUAGUUGAUUAUUUGUAUUCCUCAGGAUGCCUGCAUGUUGCACAGUUUUACUUUGAGACAACAGCUUCAAACAGCCAGACAAGGUUAGUUAUUUAAGUUUUAUGCUGCUUUAAUCUGAAUCAGAUUUGUUUUGUAAUGUCUUUCUCGCUUUAUAAUACCGUAAAAUUCCGAUAAUAAGCCCCGGGGCUUAUAUUUUUCAAAGACCCUUUUUGAAAGGCUUAUUUUUGGAGGGGCUUAUGUACGGAGGGAAAUUUUGCAUUUCAAAAUUGAUUGGGCUAGCCCAUAGUUGGAAGGAAAUUUACCUUUUUUGCUUUGUUUUACUCUGUAUUUGAGGGCAAUUUCCAAGUACAAGCCCCGGGGUGCUUAUAUUCAGAGGGGUGAUUAAACAGAGGGAUUUUUGCGUUAUGAGUUUGGGGGGCUUAUAUGAGGGGCUUAUACAUGGAGGGGCUUAUUUUCGGAAUUCUACGGUAAAUGAAAUUAAAUUUCUAAAAGUACAAUACAGUCGAAGUUCUCCUUGCGAUCACUCUUGUAAGUGACCAGCUCUAGUUACAACCACCUUUGUGAAACCCCAUUUGAACUGUGACUCCAACUGUGUAAUGAAAGCUCUCUUAAGUGACCGCUCCUGUUAGGGACCGCGACCACUUUUGGAAUUACACAACUGGACUUUUCCGUUGUUUUUAAGCUCUUGUAAGUGCAUGACCACUCAGAGUCUUAUUCAUAAAUUGCCAUGUUAAUGAAACUGCGCACUGCGCUAAAGGUUCAUUGAUAAAGAUCUUGCACAGUUCAGUAUUGUAUUUGUGAAAGUUCAAGGUCAUUUCCCUAGCGACCAAUUGCACGUAUUUUUUAGCCAUGUCUAUGUCAGAUGUAAAGACACUCAUUAAACUUAAAUUUCCUUUGUUUUCCUUUAUGAAUUAUUUAUGAGUUUUUGAAGCUUUCGUAAGCGACCACCCUCUAUUGUUUACCCUGCGGUUGCUUAUCAGAGCUCAUUGUCGUAGGCAACCAGCUCUAGGUACGACCAGGUUUUCAAAUUUCCGAGGUGGUCACUUACGAGAGCUUCAACUGUAAUCUACAUUUGGCUAAUUGUACCUAAUUGUGCAAUUGCUCUCCUUGUUUCAGAGUUGUCUCACGCACUGUACCAGCAUGAUGCUGCUUGUCGUGUUAUUGCUCGUUUGACUAAGGAAGUUACUGCUGCCCGUGAAGGUACUUUACCUUUACUAAUAAUGUUAUUUAAAUUCAGAUAGUAUUCACCAUGUUCUAAAUGAGUGAAAAACUGGGUAUGAUGUGCAACUGCAAAGUUUCUUGGGAUGCAUGGUUUGGAGGUGCAGCAUGAAGGUCAACAAACAUGAUGCACUACAACUGCUGUAUUCCAAAAUGAGAUAACAGAUUCAGAAAUGCAACUUUUCUUCACUAUUACAGAAUUCCUAAAGACUCUGAUCACCAGGUAUGUCAUCUUCACUCAGAAUGACCCUGUCCCUCCAAGCAAUCCCUAGAGUUUUUGCAGUGAUAAGUCAAACCAGUUUGCUGCUCAUUUAGUCUGAAUGUAGCCAAUUGAUGCAUCAAUGAAGAUUAAUAUCAAAACUGAAUAAAGUUUUUCUUUAACACCAGCUUUGGCCACACUCAAACCCCAGGCAGGUAUGGCUGUCAGUGUUCCCGCAGCUACACCAGUACAGGUAGGAAGCGCUAACUUACUAGGCUGAUUUAGCAACAGAACAGGAAGGCCAGUUGACGAGGGGAAAGAGCGCGGAAAGGACUAAACACGACUUCAGGUGCCCAAUUUGCUGCUCUGUCAUUGGUCAAGUCAGUUGUUUGAUUUGUGCUCGCGGUCGUCAACUGACGUUCCUGUUUUGCUGCUAAAUCAUCCUACUACUAACAGAAAACUUUGUAUCAAGCAUUAACUUGAACAGUCAAGUAAAGCAGUGCAAGCUGUUUGAAUAUGUUGCUCCUCGGAAGGUACUGAAAAGUUUUAGCCAUGGAAAUUCUACUGUAUAUUUUAUGGUUAUACUGACAGUAUUUUGAUCCUCUAUUCAGCCCUCUGGGGGCCCUCUGCUCUUGCUAGACGGUGGGCUUAUUACAAAUAUAUAUAUAUGUUCAUGUUUUCAGUUUUUGAAUUUCAUAACAAAAUGAUUAUUAUCACCUCCAUUCAUAUUUUGUGACUGCGCAAAUUAGUCAUUAUGUGCUCAGCAGUGUUAUUUCAAACAAGAUUUUGAUAUAUGCACACCAAAAGAGUUUAUGGUUGUCAACUUUCAACUCUCAUGAGUUUGAUUCAGUGAUUUCACUUCUAUAUUAAGCUAUUAUAAUUUUGGUAUACCCUAGACUGGGAACUCAAUAUAAAGGAACUUAGGCUGGAGCUAAAUAGAAGAGAACGGAGCUUUGAAGUUACAAGAGAGAAACAGAGUGACAUUUUUCUAUGGUUAGACUUUAGCCAUGAAGCUUGGUUUCCAAGUUAUUAACUAGUUGGAUUUCUUGGCUUUUUUGUAGAUGGAAGAGGCAAUGGAGGUUGCUGGACAGGUACAUGUACAUGUCUUUUUUUUACAAAGAAUCUUUAGACCUUCUCUUCUUAAAAGAGGUUUAUAACUUUCUUUACUGUCUUCAUGAUUUUUGCUCUCUAGUUUUUAAAGCGUUUUCACAAAUAGUGUUCGGUGUCUUAAGAUUGCGGUCAUAAUUAUUCUUGUCACUCUUUUUUAGCCUGGAGAAGAAGAGGGAAUGACAGAGGAAGUUUUACAGAAGGUAUGUUUGCUUGACAUAUUUCUUUAGAAUAUUUUAGCUAAGGUCGUUUUCUUUUGGAUGUUAAUUUUGUCUCCAUUUUUUUUGUCAUUCUUCUCUUGUUAUAUACAAAGUAAUACUAAGCUGUUGUUGCUGGUUUUUUUUUUCAUUUCUACAGCUGCAAGAUAAGGCUACUCUCCUCACUGCUGAACGUAAGAAGGUAAGUGCCACAUUGAGAGGAAAUAAAAGAGCUUUGCCCUGCGUCAUGCUUGUGUGAAUCCCUCUUGGUAAGAAAAUCUGGUAUCCUAUGGAUGCGAGAAAUAAUGGCUUACAAUCACUGUCUCCACUGACAGUUUCAUGUAAGCAGGUGGGAAAUAUUACCUUCAGAGUGACUGUUUCCUUCCCCCAACCCCACCAUGAAUGGAUGACCACGGUUUCUUAACCAAUCAAGGCUGUGUUCUAAGAAAAACUGACAGGAGCCUGGUACUUUGAACCUGUAAAAUUUAGGCUGCCAGUAUAUGAUGUUUAUGAAGAACCUAAGAUUUUCUGUUUGCCCUGGAGCAAAAGUUAGACCCCAGAGGCCAUUGGGCACUGCUAGAGCACAACCUUGACAAGAAAUCAGUUUAGGUGGUGCGUUGGUUGAGGUUGGCUUUAAAAUCUUUUCUGUAGUUUACAAAUCAUGGAAAGAAGGCUCCACACUGGGCUGUCUUGAUGGGGUUGGAUUUUGUGAAGAUAUUAGAAAUGUAAGCCCAAGCUAGUUGGCGAAAACACUCAACUUGGCCUACUUAAAAACUUCAGUGACAGCCAAAUAUCAAUAAUGACUUACAAGUUUAUCCUGUUUACUUGUUUGCAACCAGACAAGUACCCAUCUAAGUGGUCUGCUUUGAUAGCUAGGAAACAGAGUUUUUAAUUAUGAAAAACGGAAAUUCGAGAAAUGUAGCAUCAUAGCCAUGAGUUCAAGAUCUUAACAGAACCUCUUAUGAAAUGUGUUUGAAUGUUGUUUCCUUGUAGAGAGGCAAGAAGGUUCCAGAGGACUUGAGUACAGUGGAUGAGAUAAGAUCUUACAAACCCAUCUCCUCACAUGCAGUAAGUUAAAAACAAAAUCCUGCCAAUCCAAACAUUGCUGAUAAAUCACUCAGCAAUUUUAGCACAUUAAACCCUACAGCACCAAAUAUUAAAAUAAAUUUUCCCCUUUCUUGUCUCAUCUGCUUACAGUAGUAAUGGGACAAAUGUGUCCAGUUAUCCUGAGAAUUGAUACUGGGUGAUCAUAUCCUUAAUUCUCAUUACCUCCCUGAUUGAUUAAGCAAUUUUAUUACAAGGAGAAAUUUGGCAAUUAUCAGUAUUGGGACUAAAAGGGUUUAAUGUCUUCUGCUUCUUACAAUAAAAUUGAUUUUUCUUGUUAUGUGUUGAGCUACUAUCAGCAUUAGUUAGAGGAAUUUAAAUUGCUUUUCAAAAUUUAGGGUCUUCACAGUGCAAGUAAUCCUGGAAUCUUGGCGUUGGAUUUGUUCGCUGCAGAUACGUCCAGAGUUAUCACAGGUUUGUUAAUAAUUGUACAAAUUUAUUUUAAAUGAUUGUUAUGACACUUUUAUGAUGUAAAUGAAUGUUCUGGGUAAUUUAAGGUGGUGAAAAGCAGCAAGGAAAGAAUAGGAAGGGUACAUUAUCUCUGCAGAGUUAAUUUUCUAUCGUAUCAUCUGUUUCACAUUGCCACGGAGCUCAACAUUACUGGUAUAUAAUACUUAGGAGAGGUUUCCACUUAAGGGAAGUUACUUACUGGGGAUGUCCACGUAGAGGUUGUACAUAAGGUGUCAAAAAUUAUUACAUUAGUGGAGUGCAUGUUCUAUUUAAGUGGUUUAUAACAUUUGAUUGUCCUUUUCCUUAGGUGGCCUUGACAAAAAUGCUGUGGUAUUUUACCGUGACACAGAACAGGUAAAAGCUGUAUUUAGAUUAUAUACUGGGUAACAAAGUUUUUUCAUUUUUUACUUUGUUGUUGCUUUGCCAUGCAAAAUGUUUGAAGUUCAUAGACACUGUAUUUGCUCUUUCUUGCACAAGAAAGAUUGAUUAAUUUGAUUGUUUUGUAAUCUAGGUUAUUGCAACUCUCAAAGGACACUCCAAGAAAGUUACAAAUGUUUUAUAUCACCCACAUGAGGUAUACUUAUCAUUACCAUCAUUAAUUAAAAUGGUUCCCUUUUAAUAAUCAAUUUGAUUUAUUUGUAAAUUGUAAGAUGCUCCACCACAUCAAAUUUUAGCCUCAUCAUUUUACCUCAUAUAUAGACCCUUUAUUGGCAUCAAGACUAAAUUGGAGGCAAAGAAUUAAGCCUUUAAAAAGACAAUCACCAUGUUAAGUUUUUUUAUAACAGUACUGAAGACCUCUGGUCUAUAGGUAACCAUGUUACUUGUCAUGGUAAAUGUAUUUCCACACAGCUAGUUUGAGUUAGUCGAUCAGGAAAAUGACCUUAUUUUCAUAAGUGAAUUGUUUGAAUGCUACUUUUCAGGACCUUGGAUUCACGGGAUCAGCAGAUGCGACCAUUCGAGUGUGGUCCAUUCCACAAGCAUCUUGCUCUCACAUUAUAAAGGUUUGAAUGUUGAAAAGUUUUUACUUUUUUUCCUUUUGUCAGUCUUAACUCUUUACAAUGACCAGGUGCAAAGUUUUCCUUCUACCUUAAACACCUCUUUUCUCUUUACUCUUGUUUUUCAGGCACAUGAUCAAGCAGUUACUGGUCUUAGUCUUCAUGCAACAGGUAACUUAAUUCUCAGUACAAUGCUUACUUUAAUGCUAAUACUGUCUUUGAAUCUGUAUUUUUAUAAGUCUGCUUGCACCAGAUCCUCAGUCGGUACACCUGCAAGAUGUUCAACUGACCUGUCUUUUCCUUCCAAAUUGUGUUCUGUUUGCUUAUGAAACAAAGGGAGAAUUUUAUAUGAAAUUACAUCAUAACACCCCUUAUCAUUUUCUACAUUCUUAUAUGGCAAGAAUGUUUAUUGAACCGGUAGCAGUAUAAAACAAAAUCAGAAUCUCAUCACUACUACCAGUAGAUCUUUUUCUUUGUAGUUGUUAUCCUCACCAUAAGCUGAUAUAUUUUGUUGUUAACUUGGUUUGUCAGGUGACUACCUUCUUAGCUGUUCUGGUGAUCAAUACUGGGCAUUCUCUGAUCUCAGAACUGGACAUGUCCUCACAAGAUGUCUCUCAGAUCCUAACAUCAAUCAAGGUAACCAAGAAAUACAAAAUGUGUCCUGACAUUUGUUCAAUAUCAAAAAUGAGAAAGACAUUAAUACUUGUCAUGCUACAAGCAUAAGGCAAAGAAGAAAUUCUUAGUCCCUGACAGGAUUUUAAUCCAUUGCCUUACAUUUAAACGAAGAAUACCAUUUGGGUGUUCCUACCUUCAAGCUAAAGUUGUAUCCUGUAUCCUUGUAGGGUGGUCAACCCAUGGUCCAAACUAUUUGAGGUUCCCGACUCUCACCUAUGCAUGAAGGUGCUACUUUUAUUAAGAUUAGCCAGAGAUUUGAAGCUUUGCACUAGACUUUACGGCUUUCUCCGUUCACUGGUAAUUUCAGGAAAAUGUCUGUGGUUUCAACCAAAGUCUGACAAUUGAGAGCAGUUAGGACAGCAAGUUGCUACUUACAUCAUUAAUAAAUCGAUAUUAGACCUUACAAUUUGUUUUCCUUAAAUGCUUGACCAAACAUGUGCCUUGGUAUCUAAACUGUGAAACGUUCACAGUACAAGUGAAAAUAUGUUCUUUUGAGUCUUAUCUACUAAAGUCACAGGGUUGUCAUAAGUAGCCGGCUGCUGGUGAAACUCGCUGCCUACUUGGUUAGUAUCGGCCGGCUACUCUGCUUGGCAUUUCUUUAUGUAUGGUGUUUUUAAAAUAGAUAUCCCUGGACUGGCUGCUUAUUUUGACCACUCAGCCAUCUACUUCAGAACUUUCUGACCACCCUGAGUCAUUUUCCUGCUUCAUGAAGUUGAGGCAAUAGCUUAUAACUGGAAAUUUCAGAACAUUUUUUUGCAAAAAUGAAAAUCGUAACACCCUAAUAUCAAAAUAAAGAAGCCAGACUGGCCAACAAUGAAAACUCUGCAGUACACCAAAUAAAUCACAUUAAAUCUGAACCAGUCUCCAAUUCUUUUUUGCCAUACUUGCAGGCCUUACUUGUGCCCAAUUUCAUCCUGAUGGUCUUAUUUUUGGAACUGGAACAGCAGACAGGUUUGUGAAGUCUGUUUCGUCUUCUGACAACCAUAUAAUUGUGUCUUACUAUGAAUACUAUAUUUUAAAUACUCCUCCCUGAAUUACUGAAAAACUCUUGUAAGUUCGAGAACAAUUUUUCAGGGUCUGAAAAACUCCUUGAAAAUAUUCUCCUUUCUAGCUACUCUUGGCACUAUUGUAUUCAAUAUGUAACGGGUCAAAUUAGAUUUCAGGCCCCAGUUGUUCAAAAAGUGGAUAAGGCUAUCCACUGGACAAAUCACUAUCCACUGGAUAGUGUAAAUUAUUAUUGGUAUCCCUAACACUUAUCCUUUGGAUAGUGAUUCAUCCAAUGGGUAGUGCUAUCAACUUUUGAACAACUGGGCCAGGUUAAAAUUUUUCAGCCCAGGAUGACUCUCAAUUUCCUUUGUCCGCCAGGGCUAGGGGACAAAGGAAAUUAAGAAUCAACCUAAGUUAAAUCAAAAUUACCGUAACCUGAAAUCAAUUUUGACCAGUAACACUAGUCUGGGACAGUGAUAGUGGCAAUGUGGUGGAACCUAAAAUUUUCAUUUGUUCUCUGGAAAACUUCUGGAUUCUAUUCUGUCAGUUGGAGAGAAAAUGAAGGAGGCAGCAGGAGGAAAGGUGGCUGGGUGCCCCACCUAUCAGACACAGUCCAUUGUUUCAGCAUUUCUUGGUCAUUAUGAUUUCCAGUCCAUGGCCAUACUUGUAAAAUUAUAAGACAGCUGGUUGCCUCCUGCCAGUUGGGGGUUGUAUUCCUGUUAUAUAUGUUCUUUUUGUCUUACAGUGGAAUCCAGUUUUACUAAUCAUCAUGGGAAAAGCAAAUUGGUUUUAUUCUCAGAAAGUGGGGUUGAAAUCUCAGUGUUUGACUGGUUAAGGGAAGUUUGGUUUGAUUCAAAUUAUCCGGAAUUUCCUAAAAAAAGAAAGGUUUAAGAAAUCAGGAUUGUUCUGUAUUUGUUUCAAAUUAUUUAAGUGGAAUGCCUGAAACAAUCUAGAGCAGCAAAGUGCACUUCCAUUUAAUGUGAACUCUGUAUAAAGUAAGGAAAUUUCCAUUUGUAAGCACUGGGGUCAAGAAUGUUUCCAUUGUUUGUCUGCUACGUCAUUAACUUAUUUUGUGCUUAUGUUCUAGCGUGAUAAAGAUCUGGGAUCUCAAGGAAGGUGCUAAUGUCGCUAAGUUUCCUGGACAUUCAGGACCCAUUACAGAUAUUUCCUUCUCAGAAAAUGGGUGAGUGUUGAGAAAACACUGAAGCCUCCUUAGAAGUUGUUUCUGUUUCCUUUUAGUCUCCUUUUAGCAGGAGAAGCACGAGAGACGUGCAAGGGCAACAAAACAUUAAAUUUUAUUUUCUCCCUUCUCACAUAUCUCCUGCACUUCACCUGCUUGGCUAAAAUGUAAAGAAAAUGACUGCUAUACAGGCUAGAAACAUUGAUUUUAGUGCUAAGUCAUUUUUUGACUGUGUGCAGCCUGAACUUUUGGAUUGUUUUAUAUUAUUAUUUCCUAUUCCUACAAGAUACUACUUGGCUACUUCAGCUGAUGAUUCAGUGGUUAAACUAUGGGAUUUGCGCAAACUGAAGAACUUCAAAACCAUUACAUUAGAGGACAGAUUUGAGGUAUGUUGUAAGACUGAUGUAAACCAACUUGUUUUUCUCUGACGUUGUGAGACUACGUACCAAUAUCCAUUUGGUAUUAACUAGUCACUGUGCUCAUUUUAUGCUAACCGUCUAUGCUGUAAAUUUUCUCCUUUGUAGGUUAAGACACUGAGUUUUGAUCAGAGUGGUACCUAUCUAGCUGUUGGCGGGUCUGAAGUGCAGUAAGUCAUAGAUCUUUUCUUUCAGGAAUAAACAUAAUGAUUAAACUUAAAAUUUCAGCUGAAAGAGGAACCAGUGAAGCAGGAGUUGUUUUCUUGCACACAGCUAGAAAGUAUAGGUUUGAGUGUAUGCGUGGGGUCUUUGGAUCACAUAGUGUUCCAAAGUUUAGUUUGUUUUGUUGCCAUCGGCCAUUGCCUGAGCUGUCACACCUUUCAUGUGUAUUUUGGAUUGUUUCAGCAUUUGAAAAAGUGUCAUAGAUUCCGUUUAUAUGGUAUCUAUUCACAUUUUCUUGUCAGCCAUUUUUUUGUAGCUCUUUGGCAACGUAAUAGCAAUUAUUUGUGGUCUUGAUAUUAAAAGUCAGGUUACGUUGUUGGGUUGGAAUGGCUCUUAUCCCGUUGUGUAUGAGAAAAUACUGUUGGCAUGAGCCUGCGAGGAUUUAAUGGCUGUUUAGGAGAAUGUAAGUAUAGGAGAUAAACACCCUCAGAUUUAGUGUUGUUGACCUGUUGUUUGUUUUUGCAGGAUAUAUUUGGUUAAACAGUGGGAAAUGAUCAACUCAUUUGCAGGUAUGUGGCGCGUUUAUUACGUUUGAAAUCUUUCAUUGAAGAAGUGGGAGGAAUUUUAUGCUUCAGUUCGUACCGUAGUAAUUGACUAUCACCUCAUGUGCUUUGAGCAAAACGAAAUGCCAAAAUGUUAGUCUUCGGACCAAUCCUUUUAUUUUUAAGGAGCUGAACUAAAUUAAUAUUCUUGCCAAAACAAACAAACAGAGCAACUAGUAGCCGGCGUGGUAGGCGCAGAAAGGGAAGGGGGAGGGAGAAAAGCGCGAAUCUCCCUCCCUUUUUCCAUUCCUCUCUACCCCCUACUCCUUUCGACGCCUGCUACGUAGACUAAGCAUCUAGUGGACUUUGAAAGAUAUGAGGAAUUCCAGAGUUUAAUAUCAUAAACUAUUGCUUUGUUUUGCUUGUUAGGCCCAGCUCAAACGUCAAACUUUUCAUUUACCAAACCCAAUCCUUUCAAGUAUUAAAGUACAUGGGAAUGCUUUGCUACAUUUGAAUCUGAGUUAUUUAAUGGUGAAACUUGUCUGUUUUCUUUCUAUAGAACACUCUGGUGUGGUGACUGGAGUAAAAUUCGGCAAGCAUGCUUCAUUCAUUGCUUCAGUUGGCCUUGAUCGCCAUCUUAAAUUCUACUCACGGUAGAAAACGACAGUGCGUGGCAUCGUGAGAGUGUCACAAAUACCUUGUCACGCAACGUAACAGUAUUUCCGACGCCUUUGCGUACAUAGUGACAACAUGGCCUACCCUGAAGAACUUAUCACGUAGUCUUUGUAGAUAAGAAGAAUACAUAAGUCACCCGUGUCGGAACAACUUAUGAAGACAUUGUAGGACGUGAUUUGCUGGCUGACAUUUCUUGGUUAGUUAAAGGUUUUUUGGUCGGAUUCUUGCAGUCAAGUUUGAUAACUCUGCUUUCCACUACCUCACACCGAGCAGUUAUGGAUUUGUCAGUUUCCUUUUUCAUAUUUACUUUUUGCGAAAAUAAACCCCCCAAAAAUGCUUUUAUAACAGCCUUGGCUCAUUUUCGUGCUCAAACGAACCAAGUGCUACUUCAUAACCUACCGAAACUGAACCGACGGAUUUUUAAUGGUUUUGUUUCACUUAUCUGACUGUCUUAUUAUUUUUGGUUGGAGCUAAACCCGGCUUUGAAAUUUGUUGUAAAACUUACUGUACGUAAAUUUGUUGAAAUUUUCUUUUACCGUGUAAAAAGUCAAGAGCUUUUAGCAAUGCGUAUUAUUAGGGCAGUAACUGACCGACGGCAAAUUAUUUCAUUCCCCCUCUUUUUCUGCAAAGAUACUUUGGAAGACAAAAGUUAUCCUGUUUUUUCCGUAGAUGUAUCCAGUGGCGGAUCCAGGGGGGGGGCCCCGCCCCCCCCCCCCCCUUAUUUUUAGUCUAAACUGAGGCCCGAAGGGCCGAAAAG